AGUGGUACUUGCUCAAGAGCAACAGUGAAGAUCAGCAUUAAAUCUGCUCUUCUGGGUCGAAUUGCAGACUUGAGGCUCUGGAUCCAACUCACACUAUCGGUGUUUUGUUGCUCCUUAUAGUGUAACUGCUGAUUGUCCCUGAGAAGAGAGAAGAUGAUGAGUGAUGCAAGUGACAUGCUCGCUGCGGCUCUGGAGCAGAUGGAUGGCAUUAUAGCAGGUUCGAAGGCGCUGGAGUACUCCAAUGGCAUCUUUGACUGCCAGUCCCCCACCUCUCCCUUCAUGGGGGGCCUGCGGGCGCUGCACCUGGUGGAGGACUUGAGGGGCUUGCUGGAGAUGAUGGAAGCGGACGAGAGAGAGGGGCUGCGCUGCCAGGUCCCGGACUCGACAGCAGAGGCUCUGAUCGAAUGGCUCCAAAGUCAAAUGACUAAUGGACAUAUAUCUGGGAAUGGAGAUGUGUAUCAAGAAAGGCUGGCUCGUCUGGAAAAUGAUAAGGAAUCUCUUGUUCUACAAGUAAGUGUGCUUACGGACCAGGUGGAAGCCCAAGGAGAAAAGAUUCGGGAUCUGGAGUUCUGUCUAGAGGAGCACAGGGAGAAGCUGAAUGCCACGGAAGAGAUGCUGCAGCAGGAACUUUUAAGCAGAACAUCCCUUGAAACUCAGAAGCUGGAUCUUAUGGCAGAGAUUUCCACUCUGAAGUUAAAGCUUACAUCUGUAGAGAAGGAUAGAGUGGACUAUGAGGACAGAUUCAGAGACACAGAGGAUUUGAUCCAAGAAAUAAAUGAAUUACGGUUGAGAGUGGGAGAAAUGGACAAUGAAAGACUCCAGUAUGAGAAAAAACUGAAGACAACCAAAGAUGAGCUAGCAGCUUUGAAAGACAAACUAGAGCAGAAGGAAGCCGAGGUAAAAAGGUUGCAAGAAAAAUUGGUUUGCAAGCUGAAAGGAGAAGGAAUUGAAAUACUGGACAGAGAUAUAGAGGUACAGAAAAUGAAGAAGGCAGUAGAAUCUCUAAUGGCGGCAAAUGAAGAGAAGGUAGCAAAGUCAUUAUUUUUUCAGUAAUCAUUCAUUAGAUUGAGAAGAUCUUCACAUAUGAACUUAAUUAAAGCCAGCAAGUUUCCAUCUUCUCUCUCUUCAGGCAAGGAAAGUGACGGUGAAGACUUCUUGAAUUCGGGGUCUGUUUCCACGGUUUUAUUGGACACACCAAGUCUGACUGACCCAGAGAAAAGCCCAUCCCCGACCCCAGUAACAGCAUCUCCAAUCCACGAUGAGUUUAACAUGAAUAUUCAUGAGGAGAAUUCCUUACAGAUCCACACCAGUAUUUUACAGAUUUCAAUCCCUUCUUUUUCAUCAACAUCCAAGAGCUCAGAAACUGUUGCAGAGAAAGUGAAAACACAGCCUAGGCCAGAUCCUGCAAGUGAACUGAGUGAAGGAAGAUCAACAGGUUCCUCCCCAGAAACUCAGCUGUGUGAUAGUCCAGUAACUUCUUCACUGCAGAAGUCCAGCAGUCUGAGCAGUUUGAGAAAAGAGGCAUCUGAAGCGGACAGAGACUCUGCACCGAAGCCAACAGAGGUUAAGCCUCCUAUGGAAGUUAAUAAUUUCGCAACCCUCCCUCCAAAGUCUCCUUCUCAUGGUGGCACAGGCGAUGAGGAUAGUUUUGGUACCCGUAAGGCCAGAUCUUCGUUUGGACGAGGCUUUUUCAAGAUAAAAAAUAACAAGAGGACUGCGAGUGCCCCCAAUCUGGCUGAAACGGAGAAGGGAUCUGCAGACCACUUGGAUCUGGCUGGCUUGCCCCCUCGCCCAAAAGAAACGGAUAGUCUACAGAUGACUCCACCUUCUCCAGAUUCCAAGAAAAAGGCCAGAGGGAUCAAGAAGUUAUUUGGAAAACUUAAAAGAAGUCAGUCUACUACCUUCAACCCAGAUGACAUGUCCGAGACGGAGUUCAAAAGAGGAGGGACAAGAGCAACGGCGGGGCCACGGCUGGGCUGGUCUCGAGACCUGGGGCAAUCUCACAAUGAGCUGGACAUGCCAUUCGCAAAGUGGACGAAGGAGCAGGUUUGCAACUGGCUCCAGGACCAAGGGCUAGGCUCGUACAUUAGUAAUGGCAAACACUGGAUACUGUCUGGGCAAACGCUUCUGCAGGCUUCUCAGCAGGAUCUGGAAAAGGAGCUUGGGAUAAAGCACCCAUUGCAUCGGAAGAAGCUCCAGCUUGCUCUGCAGGCACUUGGGUCUGAAGAGGAAAACAAUCAUGGAAAACUGGAUUACCACUGGGUUACCAGGUGGCUGGAUGACAUUGGCCUCCCCCAGUAUAAGACCCAGUUUGAUGAAGGAAAGGUGGAUGGCCGAAUGCUCCAUUACAUGAGUGUGGAUGACUUGCUGUCCUUGAAAGUUGUCAGCGUUCUCCACCACCUCAGCAUCAAAAGAGCCAUUCAAGUUUUAAGAAUAAAUAACUUCGAGCCCAACUGUCUGCGCAGGAGGCCAUCUGAUGAGAAUAACGUCACACCUUCUGAGGUCACCCAGUGGACCAAUCAUCGUGUGAUGGAGUGGUUACGCUCCGUUGAUCUGGCGGAGUAUGCUCCUAAUCUGCGGGGGAGCGGCGUGCAUGGGGGACUGAUGGUUUUGGAGCCUCGUUUCAAUGUAGAAACCAUGGCACAGUUGCUGAACAUCCCACCAAACAAGACGCUACUGAGACGGCACUUGGCAACACAUUUCAACCUCCUCAUUGGGCAGGAGGCCCAGCAGCAGAAACGUGAAGCCAUGGAGUCCCCAGACUACAUCCUCUUAACAGCAACUGCCAAAGUAAAGCCAAAGAAGCUUGCCUUCAGCAAUUUUGGGAGCCUGAGGAAGAAGAAGCAAGAUGAUGUGGAAGAGUACGUGUGUCCUAUGGAGCUGGGACGGGCAUCAGGAAGUGGAUCAAAGAAAGGUUUUAAGCCUGGCCUGGAUAUCCGAGUAUAUGACGAUGACGAUUUGGACAGGCUGGAGCAGAUGGAAGAUUCAGAAGGGACAGUGAGGCAAAUAGGAGCGUUUUCUGAAGGCAUCAACAACUUGACACACAUGUUGAAAGAAGAUGAAAUGUUCAAAGACUUUGCGACUCGCUCUCCUAGCACCAGUAUAACAGAUGAGGACUCCAACGUGUGACAGUAACCACCAGGCACUGACAAAGGCUCACUUUCCUAUGUGCAAGAAACGUCGUCAUCAUACGUGACGGGCAGCAGAUCAUGUACAUUACAUUGCUCUUGCUUCUGUUUGUUAGAAGUAAUAUUGGGGGGUGGAGAAUUUAAACAAAGAAAAAAAAGGAGGAAAAAAAGAAAAGGUGCCUACUCUAAAGUUGCCAUAAGAAACAGCCAGACACUGGUGAAUGGUAAUUGUUUUUACUAUAUUUAAUGUACAAACUGGUGAUACGUUUGAGUGUUGCAUUUAAAUUUACGUGGUAUCAUAGUGCUCCUUUUGCUUAUUCUCGGCCUCAGAUAAUCCUUUGUACUGUUUCAAAAUAACAGAAGAUGUUAGGUAGAAGUAUUGCAUCUGUAGAUAUUGUGCAUCAGCUUUCUCUAGGCUGUCAGCUGAAAAAAAGAUGUUACUGCUCUUUUUCAAGUGCAUUUGUUCAGCACAAAUAUCAGUUCUGCCCUUCCUACAGUAUCCAAUGUAGGAUUUUAGUCAUCCAUGCCUUGCAUAAA